AUGAAAAAGUGUGAAAAGUUGGCGGAAACAGUUGAGCAACUGGUGAACGCUCGCAACGCAGCUGUGAAAGUAAACAACGCUAUACUUGAAACUGAACGGACACCUACAAACUCCCCGUUUAGGCCGAGGAAGAGGGUCAGACAUCCCAACCCCACCAUCGCGUCUCAGUCUCCAACGUCCCCUAGCCUCAUGACUCCACUAAGUGAAAAAGUCUUUUACAACCCACUUGCUACUACGUCCUCCAAGGGUGCAAUAACUAGUAAUUCAGUUGACAUACUCGACACACAAAACUCCAGCAAGCCUACGGUAAAAAAUAACUGGACAUCCUACGCAGCGGUUGCUUCUAGGAAAACGCCGUCAAAGACACCUGUGACUUCACUUAUCGGAGAGGUCAAAACUGUGCCUCAACAUGGAUCGCUAUCGCCAGUGCGGUUCACAAAUCCACAAAAAGCAAAAGAACCUAGUGCUGUUAAGUCGCAAACCACAAGGCGGAAUCAUGGUGCCUUAAGUCUUGUGUGCGCUAACGUUCCUGGAUCCAAAUCCAACACAAUAAAGGGCAAACUGAUAGACGAUCGUUGUCAGUGGGAUUCCAUCUGUAGUGCCAUCAGCAUGCGCGCUGGACCCACUACGCUGAGCCGCAUCGCAAGACACCCAAACAACUUACACUACGGUGAACCUCGACUACUUCGAGUAACACUACAUUCCGCGGAAGAAACGGAAUCCAUUCUGCUCGCUGCAAAUCGACAUCACAGAGCAUCGAACGGAGUAUGUAUCUUACCGGAUAUUCCGUGGAAAGAACGUUCAAAGGAUAUGAACAAUCAACAGGGAAGUAGAAAACACGCGCUGAAAACCGUCAUUAUUCAUGGCGUCCCCGAGUCUCAAGCUUCACCUCCUGAAGAAGUUCAGGCACAUGACCUGGAGCAAUGGCGAUACAUUCGUGAGGCGCUGUCUUUAGAAAAUGUCAUUGCUACCUCCCUGACCAGGAUUCCCGUGUCACCAAAUUACAAAGGGUGUGGUCCUAGGUUGCUGAAGUUGGUCUUACCGUCUGAGCUAACUUUACAGGCAGUUCUAGAGAACUGGGGUAAAUUCCGGAACAUGCUACCGACAGAAAUUCGAAUUAAAGCAGCAGGUUUACGACCAGAGGCUACUGGUUACUCCAUGGAGAGAACCAACUCAGUGGGAACAACCGUUGUUGCAGAGUCCACCACAGAGACUGAUCUGACUGCCGUCAUAGCAUCCGGCGAGGCACUGCAGGAGGUGAGUGACCAUCAGGAUAAUCAUGAACCUGAUCACACGGUGCAGAGAGUUAUCCCAAGUCAUUCUCGCGAGCCUAAGACAAUUUCAAAAAACUAG